AUGCCCGCCGCCGAGAAACAGAAACACAUCGACGACAUUUUGGAGAAUGAUGGCAUCCUGAUUGAUGAGGCAAAUGUUGCGAAGAACCCGGCACUCCGUCAUCUUGCCAAACUAUUCUUGAAUAGCGCGUGGAGGAAGUUUGCACAGAACCCACUGAAGACGGAGAUCAAAAUGUUUGACGUAAACGAUGGAGACGCCGUUUUUGAGUUUUUCAAUUCAAAGCUUCAUCAGCCGGUGUCUCUAGACACAUUCGGGAGCAAGCAUAUCAUUGCAUCCAGGGAGCCACUCAAAGAAGGAUUAAUUGGCGCAAAGUACACAAACAUUGUGUAUGGAUCCAUCACCACUGCCACAGCCCGGAUGCGUCUAGACGUUAGCAAACAAUCAAAACAAGACCGGAUGAUAUAUGUGGACGGAUGCACAGCUAAUCGAAAAUUCUCAAUUUUUUUUAAUAAAAUGAAAUAA